AGCAGAGGGAGCAGAGAGCUGCUCCAUCCCACCGACCUGUCACAGCAAUUACCGUCAGCCCCGGUCAUGUGACUGAUAGACUCCUCUGGCGAGUUGUUCCCAUCUCCCACAGUCAUGGCGGUGUCGGGGAGUCGCGAAGAUGGAGUAAACACCGCCACAACUACAUCUUGAUUUUUUUUUGUUCUUCAUGCUGGACUGUUCCUGCCGUGUACCGAGUUAUCGUAAACAUCCCGCAGGCUGCUGUGCUUCCAACGAUGGCCGACCGCGGCGUUGAUCUGUCGGCUUUGCCUAAAGAGGUCAGGGACCAGCUGGCGGAGUUGGAUUUGGAGCUAUCCGAAGGUGACAUUACACAGAAGGGCUAUGAGAAGAAAAGGACAAAACUCCUGGCUCCCUUCAUCAUCCACACUCCAGUGGAGCCGCCGCGUAGGAAUGACGCGCAGCCUCCCGCUCCCAGCUCCUCCUCCAGCCACGCCCCUCCACCCUCCAGCUCGUCCCGUUACAGAGAACGUCGCUCACGCAGAACGCAUCGUAGUGGAGGAACCAGGGAUGACCGCUACAGAUCAGAUAUCCACACUGAGGCAGUACAAGCUGCCCUGGCUAAACAUAAAGAGGAGAAGAUGGCUCUGCCCAUGCCUACCAAACGACGCUCCACCUAUGUCCCAUCUCCCAUCGACACCCGCACACCACCAGACUCCUCAUCAGGUUCUGAAGAUGAGACGGCUGUACGCAGGCAGUCCUCAGUGGUCGCUCCUCCGCCUAUGGUCAACCCCAACCUGCAGAGCCCGGACUCUUGGAUCAACCGCACUGUCCAGGGUUCCUCCACCUCCUCCUCAGCCUCCUCCACCUUGUCCCACGGAGAGGCCAAGCCGCAGCCUCAGAGCCAGCCUAAGCCUCAGCCUCAGCCCCAGUACAAGCCGCAGUACCAACCUCAGUAUCAGCCUCAGUACCAACCGCAGUACCAGCCUCAGCACCCGCCUCAGCACCAGCCUCAGCACCCGCCUCAGCACCAGCCUCAGCACCAGCCUCAGCCCUUGGCCCACGUGACGGGCAUGCUGGCUCACAGUCGCAUUGCACCCUCGGAGAACAGCGCCCCUCCUCCAGAUGUGACAGCUGUGGCUCCUCCGUCCAGAGUCUCGCGGGUCGACCUGCCCUCAAACACGGUCCGAGGGAUGAGCCGUGGACAAAGCCGCUCAAGCAUGAUGGAGACUGCGGACGCGAGAGGUAAUAUCCAGAGAGUUCCUGUGAACAGCAGAGUGUCAACAAAGAUCCAGCAGCUGCUCAACACCCUGAAGAGGCCCAAGAGGCCGCCACUCAGUGAGUUCUUCACUGACGAUGCAGAGGAGAUCGUAGAAGUGCCCACACCAGACCCCAAUGUACCAAAGCCGGAGGGCCGUCAGAUCAUCCCUGUGAAAGGAGAGCCUUUGGGAGUGGUCAGUAACUGGCCCCCAGCCCUGCAAGCAGCGUUGGCCCGUUGGGGGGCCACUCAGGGGAAAAGCCCCGCCCUCACUGCUCUUGACAUCACAGGCAAACCGCUCUAUACGCUGACUUAUGGGAAGCUGUGGAGUCGCAGUGUGAAGCUGGCGUACACCCUCCUGAACAAACUGGGCGCCAAGAACGAGCAAAUCCUCAAACCUGGUGACAGGGUGGCACUGGUGUACCCCAACAGUGACCCUGGGAUGUUCUGGGUGGCCUUCUACGGCUGUCUCCUAGCUGAAGUUAUACCUGUACCUAUCGAAGUACCACUGUCUCGCAAAGAUGCAGGUAUCAGCCAGGUGGGGUUUCUGCUUGGUAGCUGUGGGGUUGGUUUGGCUCUAACUAGUGAGAUCUGUCUGAAGGGUUUACCCAAAACACCCACUGGGGAAAUUCUGCAGUUUAAAGGCUGGCCUCGACUAAAGUGGGUGGUGACAGACUCAAAAUACCUGACGAAGCCUUCCAAAGACUGGCAGCCGCACAUCCCCACUGCCAACACUGACCCUGCAUAUAUAGAGUACAAGGCGAGUAAAGAUGGCACAGUGGUCGGUGUGGCUGUGUCUAAAGUAGCCAUGUUGACCCACUGCCAAGCACUGACCCAGGCCUGCAACUACUGUGAGGGGGAAACUUUAGUGAAUGUCCUGGAUUUUAAAAAGGAUAUGGGCCUGUGGCAUGGAGUUCUCACGGCUGUGAUGAACAGGAUACACACUAUAAGUGUUCCCUAUGCAGUAAUGAAGGCUUGUCCCCUCUCCUGGGUACAGCGGGUCCACAUCCAUAAAGCUCGUGUAGCUUUGGUGAAGUGCCGUGAUCUACACUGGGCCAUGAUGGCUCAUCGAGACCAGAGAGACACGAGUCUGGCUUCGCUACGCAUGCUGAUUGUUGCUGAUGGUGCUAACCCCUGGUCUGUGUCUUCAUGUGAUGCCUUCCUGAACGUGUUUCAGUCCCACGGGCUGAAACCUGAGGUCAUCUGUCCUUGUGCCACCUCCCCUGAAGCUAUGACUGUAGCCAUACGCAGAUCGGGUGUACCGGGCACACCCCUCCCUGCCCGUGCCAUUCUUUCCAUGGGCGGCCUGAGCCAUGGUGUCAUCAGGGUCAACACAGAGGACAAGAACUCCGCCCUGACUGUACAAGAUGUGGGGCAUGUCAUGCCUGGAGCUCUGAUGUGCAUUGUUAAGCCAGACGGACCUCCUCAGUUGUGUAAAACCGAUGAGAUAGGGGAGAUAAUAAUCAACUCUCGUGCUGGAGGUAACAUGUACUACGGGCUGCCUGGAGUCACCAAAAACACCUUUGAGGUGAUACCUGUUAACGCUAAUGGAGUUCCCAUUGGAGAGAUUCCAUUUGUGCGGUCAGGACUCUUGGGGUUCGUUGGCCCAGGCAGUCUGAUCUUUGUGGUGGGGAAGAUCGAAGGUCUGCUGAUGGUGAGUGGACGGAGACACAACGCAGAUGACCUGGUCGCCACCGCUCUAGCUGUAGAACCAGUCAAGACUGUGUACCGUGGGAGGAUCGCUGUGUUUUCAGUCACAGUGUUUUAUGAUGAGAGGGUUGUGAUUGUGGCAGAGCAGAGGCCGGACGCCAGUGAAGAGGACAGCUUCCAGUGGAUGAGCAGAGUGCUGCAGGCUAUUGACAGCAUCCACCAGGUGGGCCUCUACUGUCUGGCUCUGGUUCCAGCCAACACCUUACCUAAAACACCCCUGGGCGGCAUCCACAUCUCUGACACCAAGCAGUUCUUCUUAGAUGGCAACCUGCAUCCCUGUAACAUCCUCAUGUGUCCUCAUACGUGUGUCACCAACCUGCCUAAGCCCCGCCAGAAGCAGCCCGUUGGAGUAGGUCCUGCAUCUGUGAUGGUGGGCAACCUGGUGGCAGGGAAGAGGAUUGCCCAGGCUGCAGGCAGGGACCUCGGCAUGAUCGAAGACCAGGAUCUUGUCCGAAAGCUCUGUAUGUGGCCUACUGUGAUGCAUCAGUAUUUGACAGAGGCUCUACAGUGGAGGGCACAGACAGACGCAGAUCACGUUCUCUUUGUUCUUCUCAAUGCCAAGGGUGUAACAGUGAGCACAGCGACCUGCGUCCAGCUUCACAAGCGAGCAGAGAAGAUAGCUGCAGCGCUCACUGAGAAAGGCAGCAUCAACACCGGAGAGAACGUAGUUCUGCUUUAUCCUCCUAGCAUUGAUUUGAUAGCUGCCUUCUACGGCUGUCUCUACGCUGGAUGUGUUCCUGUAAACGUCAGACCGCCACACCCUCAGAACCUGGCAGCCACGCUGCCGACUGUCCGCAUGAUUAUUGAUGUCAGUAAAGCUGCAUGCAUCCUUACCACUCAAAGUCUCAUGAGGACUCUGCGCUCCAAAGAGGCUGCUGCUUCUGUAAACAUUAAAACGUGGCCAACAAUCAUUGACACAGAUGACCUUCCUCGCAGACGGCCUCCACAGAUCUAUAAGCCGCCCACAGCAGAGAUGAUUGCUUAUCUGGACUUCAGUGUGUCCACUACAGGCAUGCUCACUGGGGUUAAGGUCUCUCAUGCAGCGGUCAGUGCACUCUGUCGCUCUGUUAAGCUGCAGUGUGAACUGUACUCGUCUCGCCAAAUAGCCAUCUGCCUGGAUCCAUACUGUGGCCUGGGCUUCGUCCUGUGGUGCCUCGCAAGUGUUUACUCAGGUCACCAGUCUGUCCUGAUUCCUCCCUUCGAGUUGGAGACCUGCUUGUCUCUGUGGCUGAGCACGCUCAGUCAGUACCGUAUCAGAGACACCUUCUGCUCCUACUCUGUCAUGGAGCUGUGCACUAAAGGACUUGGUACUCAGACUGAGUUACUCAAGGCCCGUGGAGUGAACCUGUCAUGUGUGCGAAGCUGCGUGGUGAUAGCAGAGGAACGCCCGCGACUCGCCCUCUCACACUCCUUCUCCAAGCUGUUUAAGGACAUCGGGCUGUCUUCCAGAGCUGUCAGCACUGCUUUUGGUUCCAGGGUUAACCUGGCCAUCUGCCUACAGGGCACCACUGGUCCUGAUCCCUGUACGGUUUAUGUGGACAUGAAGUCCCUCCGCCAUGACAGAGUGCGGCUUGUGGAGAGAGGAGCACCUCAGAGUCUUCCUCUGAUGGAGUCUGGCAAGAUACUGCCAGGUGUUCGGGUGAUAAUCGUAAAUCCAGAGACCAGAGGUCCACUCGGUGAUUCUCAUCUGGGAGAGGUCUGGGUGAACAGCCCUCACAAUGCCAGUGGCUACUACACCAUCUACGGAGAGGAGAGUCUUCAGGCAAACCACUUCAACACCAAACUCAGCUUCGGUGACCCGCAGACCUUAUGGGCCAGGACAGGAUACUUGGGUUUUGUUAAGAGGACUGAGCUGUUGGAGGCUAACGGGGAUCGCCACGACGCCCUCUUUGUUGUGGGCUCACUGGAUGAAACCCUGGAGCUAAGAGGGCUGCGCUACCACCCGAUUGACAUUGAAACAUCAGUGUCCCGGGCGCACCGCAGUAUAGCUGAGAGUGCUGUGUUUACAUGGACCAACCUGCUGGUGGUGGUGUCAGAGCUGUGUGGUUCAGAGCAGGACGCGCUGGACCUGGUGCCCCUGAUAACCAACGUGGUGCUGGAAGAGCACCACCUCAUCGUGGGUGUGGUGGUCAUCGUGGACCCCGGGGUUAUUCCCAUCAACUCCAGGGGAGAGAAGCAACGCAUGCACCUUCGUGACUCUUUCCUUGCUGACCAGCUGGAUCCAAUCUAUGUUGCUUAUAACAUGUAGGGGGCUGUGGUGCUCUAGGCUUGUUUAGUCACCAUCCACAGUCUGGAUGCUUCUGCACCGUCACCCCAACACUCGACUACGGCUUUGGCAGAGGGUGAAAAGGAAAAGCAUGAACCACAUGUACUGCCACCCAGCCCUGUGUGACACCAGCAUAUCUUGGCCACUGCAUGUGAUUGGACCUGCCAUGUUUGGAGUUCUUCACUGUGUUUUAUAGAUAGAAUUUUGCAGAAGCAAAAUGUACUGCAUAUGGCAAAGAAUUUUAAAAAAAAGCCCCCUGUUGCACUAUUUUAGGGAAAGGGCAAAAAACGACACAUAUAACAGGACCACUUUUGAAAUUAAUUCUAUAUUAAUGUCUUUGUGAAAAAUCCAUUGUCUUAUUCUGAGGCUACCACAAACUUCUUAAAACACUUCUCCUUCUGUGUCGACACAGAUUCCAAGAGCUACUAAACUUAGAUCAACAACUUGAAAUAUUUUUUACAUGCAGCUUUCAAACGCACACAUAAGCAUGCACUGAGCCCUCGUCAUUUCACAUAAUGGGUGAAUAUAAAAGGGCAGAUGAAAGCAAACCAUUAAACAAGUAGCCAGUCUAUGUGCAUCAUUUAGAAAGCUUAUUUUGUCCCAUGAUAAUAAAGCCAAAAACAUUUUCACAACUGUCCUGCCCUAAUAUAGUUCCUGCCUUAUAAAAAUUCAGCCAUACAUUCCUAUCUUAAUUUUUAAUGAAUCUGUUAUUAAUGGCUGUUUAUUCUCCUAUGGUUUUGAAAAGUAGUGGAAAUCCUGACAGGUAUCCAAAGGAAUCAAAAUAAAAGAGGAAAGAGGCCAUAUUCUGUACUGUACCUUUAAAGGCCUGUUGUAUUUUAGAUACUGUACGUUACUGUAUAGAUAUUUUUAAUUGUAUAAAUGUAUAAAUGCUUGACUUUUCUCUCUCAGUUGAUGGUUUGUGGAUAGUUAACCCAGCUGAGGGAGGAUAAUUGUAGCAGAGAGGAUUGUAAAUAAGAUUUAACAGUUUUGACAGUACUUUUGAAAUGGAAUAUUCGUUAUAUAAUGGAGGGUAAAGAUAAUUAACUUUAAAGCAUUGUUAGUCAGGAUAGGUAUAACAUUGCACUUUCUCAAAAAUUGUCUAUUUUAUUAUAACAAUGAGGCAUUAUAACUAACGGUUCAGGAGCAUAUAUUAUUCUGAGGAUUCUUGCUUGAGGAGCUUUGAGAGUUUACCGGGGGGGCUACCACUGUUAAUGGCAGGGAACUUUCCUGUCGGCCACUGAAAAAAAAAAAGAAAAAGAAAAAAAUGGCUGUCUUCAGGUUACCGGGUUAUUUUGUAAAAACAUAAAAAGAAAAAAGGCCCACAACUGUUCAUCUAAUACCCAUUGCCAUUGUACUGUGUAUUGCUGAACAGUCAUUCCCCUCUCAGUUUUGUAUUGCAUAAUAGAGCAAGUGUUUGAGAGUUUGGCUCUUUCCUUUUCCUCUUCACACUCAAAGUUCAUUCGAACUGUGUUUUGUCUUUGUGCAACUUUGUAAAAAAAAAAAAAAAAAGUUACUUUGAAUUUCAACAGGAUUGUUGUUGGUACUUCAAGUCUGUAGUCAAUAGAGGCAAGUCAUCAUGUAUCUGGAUUAUUUUCUGUGUUCAGUCACUGGAUUUAAAAGCACUUGUGAAUGCAGUUGCAAAGCUGAGCCACAACUGAAACAUCUUUGAUUGGCAAGUACAGUAAAUGUAUGAAAAAGGUUUUAAAAAAUAAUAUUUGCAUCAAGAUGUAUUUGCAAAAUGUAUUUGGUUUCCUGUAAUCUCCUGUGCUUUCCUUGUGCUCCUUGCCAUAAUUUAUAGAUUAUUUGUACUGGGUUAUACUGUUUCAGUGAUGAACACUUAAUGUCAACAUGUAAAUAGUUUUUUUGUUAUUUUUGGACUUUUGCAAUAGUCCCAUUAUAACACUCAACCAUGCCAAACACAAUAUUAGCAUCCUUUAAAGGCAAACAUGAAUAUGAUCCAUUGAAUUACUGCACUUUGCACUGGUGGUACUUACAGUAGGUGUCUGCUGUGUGGGCUAACUGUCCCCAUUUCAUGUUACAUUAAAUAUGUUACUAAUUUUAGAAAUAUAAUGCUUGACAUUUCCUUUCGCCCAGUUUAAGUCCGCCUAGAUAAAAGACUACUAGCACUUCGUCCUAGCUUUAACAUCGCUUCCUUCAUUUGCAGCAGAAUGUUUGCAUGACUCCGCCAAGCACAAGAAGAAAUCAGCUUGAGGCACAUCUCAUCUCGAGGCACAAGUGGAGGAGAUAUAUAAAUAUAUAUAUGUAUGAAAUUGUAUAUUCAGGGAACAAAACUCAUAACACAGGGAUGGACCAGGUGGUCCCUUGGUGCAAUCUGUGAAUAAUACCCAUAAAAUGUAGAUGCUUGUCAAAACAAAUCUUGUAAUUAAGGCAGACCUAAUGAGCAAAAAGAAGGGUGACUGAUGACCAGAGUCCAUCUACCAUCUACCUGCUUUGCUGGGAAGUCUAAAAGGGCUUCUUUUGGUUUCCGCUCUUUUUCUCUGCCAGAAUUCCUACACACUAUGCAAUCCCAAUGACAGUGCAAUUUAAUUUCAAAGCUUGCACAGUCUGGUGAAAUAAACAUGAUGCUUAAACAUUUUGUAAUAACAGAGGACUGAUGAAAUUUAACCAGUAGUGUACUUAAGACUAUUAAUCUCUCUUGAGUUGUUCUAUUAAUAUUUUGUGUAUGCACUCUUGGUAUGUUGUAUAUUAAUUAUUUGGUGAAUUCUAAACUGCUCCAUGAGGGUGUGAUCCACUGAUGAUCUUUAAUAUUAGGGAGGUGCUUUAACUCAUAUAAUUAAGAAAUCAAGGUGGUACACCCCUCCCCAUUUUUCUCACUUAAUUUUCUAUUUUGGUUUGUUGUACUUUGUUUUAUACUUUAUGUAAAAGUAAUACAAAUAAACAAAAGCAUUUAAUCAUUUCA